CUCAUCUGGGGCAGUUUUUAGAAAUCUCUAGUUCCUCAUCUUGUGACUUUCGGUAUCUUAACGUUUUUCAUAUCCAACACGCUGGAUCCUGAAUCAUCUGCUCUUAUGGUGACUUUGGUGAUUUGAUGAAAUCUUCAUCAGCUGCCUCAAGAUGAACAUAACCACAGUGAAUUGGACAACCACACCUAGCCAAAAUGAUUCAGAAGAUUGUUAUCCAACUAAUCAUCCUGAGACAAAGAUCUUCCUGGGCCUUCACCUGGUCGUGAUUCUGCUCGGCAUUCCAGCCAACAUCUUCUUCUUGUUUGUGUCAUGCCAACACAUCCGUCAGAAGAACGAGUUGGGCGUCUAUCUGUUUAACCUUGCUCUCUCUGACCUCUUGUUCAUCAUGUGUUUGCCAGUAUGGAUUGAGUUCACGCUUUCUGACAAAUGGCCUUACGGCAAGACCGCGUGCACCGUCUGCGUCUUCUUGCUCUUCACAAACUUCUACACGAGCGCAUUGCUGCUCAGCUGCAUCGCCGUGGAUCGCUACUUAGCCGUGGUUCAUCCUCUCAAGUUUUUGGCCUUCAGAAAGCGAAGAACGGCCUUCAUCGUCAGCAUUGCAGCUUGGUUAUUUACAGUAAUUUUUAACGUGAUCACUGUCAAACCAGAAAAUAUUUAUGAUGAAGACUAUUCUAUCUGCUUGGACGUAUUUCCUUUCCCCGAAGCACAAAGAUGGCCAAAUAUUGCUCGCUUCAUUGUCGGCUUCUUCGUUCCCGCCGUGAUCGUGGGAUUUUGUUAUUGGCGAAUCUGUCUUGCCGUGAAGAAGAACCAAUCGAUUGAGUUGGCGGAGCGUCGGCACGUCUUUAAGCUUCUGGGGAGCAUUCUGCUAACUCUCUACCUGUGUUUUGGACCUGUUCACAUCAUGUUGGUUUUGAGAAGUCUACUGGAAGAAUGUCCCUCUCCCAACUGGCUCUUUAUCAGUUAUAAGCUUAGCAUUACCUUGUCUAUGCUAAACUGCCUGGCCGACCCGCUGCUGUACUGCUUCAGCAGCCGAAUGGGUCAGGUGAGCGCUUUAAAUGCUUUACUCUUUCUCAGGGGGCCAUGGAAGACGAAAAAACAGAAAGGAGCUGUAAAUUCAAACGGUUUACUGGGUGAAGCUAUUUUGUAGACUGUUUAUGUUGUUUAUAAAGGUACCAGCACAUGCAUUGAAAUAAUCUGUCAAAUAGUUAUCUGAUAUCUACAGACAUUAUCCAGAGAUGUCCAUUUACAACCCUAGGAUUUGCCUUUAGAAUGAAAUGGUCUAUUAUUACCUUAUUUGAAAGGGUCAUGAAUAAUAAUGUUGAGCUCUGCUCUGAUUGGCUGUUUCUCCUUCAGUAGCUCUGUGUGUGUGUAAACAGAUCUUAUGUUUGGGUCUGUAUCAGAUUUUGAGGAAUAAUCAAUAGUUUGGAGAUUGUUAAUGGACGUUUCUGAGUGAUAAGUUUGUUUUUUUCUUCAGUAUGGACCUGCAAAACGUAACUGUAACAUCAAUUGUAGAACUUCAACCUAAACGCUAGCAUAUAGCAUUAACUAGCAUAUGGUGCUAACUCAGCGGUCACAACUUUGUUCAUAGCUUUGUAACAACAUUGUAAUUAAUUUAAUGCGUACAUCUGAACUGUAACUUCACAGUUGGUGUUAUGUUGUGAUUGGUCUGUUUUCCAGUGGUCUUUUGCAUGCACAAAGUUUACAUAAGAAGGAGGAAACAAUCAUGUUUGAGGUUAAUGUCAUAACCAUGUACACAACUCUUAUUAUUCAUCUACAUAAAUACAGUUUUAUUCUACGGCAUCUUUAAGUGUACGAGGACCGACACAAAAGCACAAUAAAAAGUCAGUUCAUACACCUUGCACUAUAUUAUAAAGCCAUGAGGUUAAUGUCCAUAUAAUUCCACUUGGUGGCACCAGUGGCAUAAAAACAACUUCUGCUUGAAGAUAUUGUCACAAGUGUUACAUUUCUAUUUUUAUGUCAGACAAAUAAUGUUACCAUAAGUUGUUUCAGUCAUAAGCUAUUGUUUCUUUUCAAACUCUUGAUGACAGUUUCGCUAAAAUAGUUUUAAAGUUGCUUUCUCAAAAUUGCAUCUUUAACUAUUUUAAAUUUGCACUAAACUUUGUAUUGAAUGUUUAUAUAAAUCUAGGCACCAAAUAUUUCUCACCAGAUUUGAAAUGUAAUGCUUCAUUUUUAAACUUGCUGUCACGACUAUAUAUCCAUUUACAGAAUAAAGCUGUAUUUUGUGUAUUUUAGUUGCCUUGCUCUUUCUCUUUAUUAUAAAGGUCAAAUGAAAAUUGCUUGAUCAUAACACAUUGAGUAAGUGGAAAAUCCACAGAAAUGUGUGAUGAGCUCAUUUUCCAAAAAGCGAUCACUUUCAAAAUAGCAACCUUACAAGGAUGUCCUGCCAAGAUUCAAAGAUUUGAUUUGAUGUUUGUGAGAUCAUCAUAACCUACACAGCAUUGUACCGUAAAUGACGGAUCUGAAUGAGUCACAUUCUUCUUCUAUUAAUCAGAACAUCAGCUUACUCAUACUGGAAGAUUUCAUUAUAAGAAUCCACUGGUAAUGGAGCACUCACACCUUUGACUUCACACCGCACAGCCUCAUCAAUCAAACACACGGGAUGGGAAACAUGAUAUAGAGAUGCAUGGUGAGCUUCAUCUCUGAUGUUAAAGCUCCUUGACUUCACUGUGAGGCGGUUUCCCAGAAAGGAUGAAACUUUCAGUUCUUCGAGUCAUCAUUACAUUACAUUUAGGCCUUUAAAUAUAGUCUCAUAUAAAGUGAUGUCCUCAUUGUGAUGGAUGUUUGAAAGAAAGUGGCUUCAUCUGAUGACUUAAGAUUCCUUGUGCAACUCGCUGAUUGGUCGAACGCAGAUACAGCAAUUACCAUCAGAGGCUAUGGCACCUGGAUAAACUGUUAAACGGACAAAGGCUGUGAAAUGUUUUCUUUGGACACUUUCGGACACCUUUGCACCAUCCUGGUUGGCUGUCAGGUAUCUGAACAUUGUUGUGGACCAAUUGCACCCAUUCAUGGCAACUGUGUUCCCUGCCGCUGAUGGCAAUUACCAACAGGAUACUGCACUAUGCCACCCUGCCAGAACAGUCAAGGGUUGGUUUAAAGAACAUAAUGGUGAAUUUUUGUUAAUACCUUGGCCUCCAAAUACACCUGACAUGAACCAAAUUGAACAUUAGUGGUUUGACUUGAAAACGUGUUUGGCUCUACAUCACCACCAUCCUGCAAUAAACAGGAAAUGGAGGAUUUGCUAUUCUUGGUUUUGUGGUACCAAAUACCACAGGAAACCUUGUCAAAUCAAUGUUUCACAUCAUAGCUGCUGUUUUGCAGAUUAAAUCAGGCACUACAAGAUAUUAGGCAGGUCAUAAUAAUGCCAUGAAUGGUAUAUUUUUUAUUCUAGGACCAACAAAGUCUCAGCACAAACACAGUAACCAGGUAAAAUGUGGACUGUGUAAAAUUACAAAACAUUUAACUAGUUACUAUUUAACUAGUUUUCUAUAGCACUGCAGUUAGUCUAUUACAUAGCUUGCAUAAGAACAUGCAGAAAUAACAGGUUUGCAAGUCUGCUGCUACAGAAAAUGUAAAUAUUACAGAGAUCUGAAAAUAAAAUAAUGAAUAUGCAAAUAUAGUUGGCCAAUUAAAUUGCCAAGGUACACAGUCGAGCGCAUUUAACCCUGUGAUGACUGAAUGCACACAAGAGCAUGUUCUAGUUAUGCUAAUAGUUUUCAUCAUUGUACACUUACAUAUAAAUUAAGACCUUGGAUGAUUUUUCAAGUAGAUUUAAUGUGGUUUUACAGUUUGUCUGGCUCAUGAAAGUCUGUCAGUCUCUUCAGUGUAUGACAAAUGUGUUUUGGCAAACCUAAAAUAAAUGAUGGUUUCCAUG